UAACCUCAAUCUUUGGCUUUCCAAAAAUGGAUGAUUGGCUCUCAUUUUCAAUUAAUUUAACGCUUUAGAUAAAACUAGCUUUGUUUUCGAAAUUUCGUUGCUUUAGUGGCAACAAUUGCGUCAUUUUUGGUUGUAAAAUCCUCUCGACAUGGAUUUUACCAUGAACGAAGUUUCCGACGAGGAUUUAGUGACCCAAUGGAUAAAUAGCGCUGCAGUGUCCCGCUCUGCUGCAGAAAAGCUUGAAUACUUCCACAAAUUGCAAGAAGUUUUGAUUCGGAAGUCGCCCCAUUUGCUGCCAAAGUUUUUACAAAACAUGCUUAAUUUCACGACUGAUAGGAAUGGGGACGUGAAAAAAGCGCUAGUGGGUUUUAUUGAAGAGUUAUGCAAAAUGCGCGAGUCUCUUUUACCUAAAGUAAUGCUAAACCUUCAUAUGCUACUAUGUGAUGAGUCAAUAGCGGUGCAAAAGCGCGUAAUUCAAGCUUUAAUCAGUAUUUAUCGCAAAACGUUGGCCUGGUUAUGCAAGGCUUCUGUAAUUACAGAAGAAAUGGAAAACGCCUGGAAGCAAUUGUCUGCCAUAAAAUUAGAAAUUGCAAAUAUGAUUGAUAGUGACAAUGACGGCAUUAGGACUAGUUCAGUGAAAUUUUUAGAAUGUGUUGUGUUGUUGCAAACUUAUCCCGACCAGGAAGAGAACAAGAAACCGAACGACUUCUCACUCGAUGAUGUUCCUCUGACGUUAAAAUUGGCGCGGAGGCGAAAACUAGAAGAGGAAGCAAAUACCUUGUUUGAGUUACUUUUAAAAUUUUUUGGCUCUCCCCAUAUUAGCAGUGCCAACUUGUUAACCUGCCUGGGCGUUGUUACAAACAUUGCAAAAAAUCGGGCCGAAUUUAUGUCUCGAGUUGUCUCAGCUAUUGAAUCACUUUACAAUAACCUACCUCCAACUCUAACAACAACUCAAGUGAAUUCCGUGCGUAAAAAAUUAAAAUCCGAACUCGCUGGACUUAUCAAACACCCAGCGGCUUACGAAUUUGUGGAGAAAUUAACCCCAAUGCUCACCGAUUUAGGUUAUUCCCAGCAAGACAUUCUUAAAAUGGUACCGAAACCCGACGAGCGGCGGAAAUAUUGCAAGAGGACUCUCUCAGUUGAGUCCCUUCAGAUCUACAAUAAAAGACCUAGACUUGAUCCUCAAAUUGAAUUCGAUAACGACACCAAUGACAGUGAUUCGCAAACACUGCAAGAGUUGAAUGAGAACUUUGUGUCUGAAAAUUUCACGUUGGAAAGAGCGGUUCAAAUGGUUUUCGCUUCUAUGAGUAAACUGCCGGCUACAAUGUCUCCCGAUUUUGCGAAAGAGUAUGGCAAAUAUGUCGAUAGUGGAAAAGUUGGCCAAUUUGAUGUUUUGACAAAACUUAUUGCCACGUAUUUGACUGAGGCCGGGGUUUCGCCGUCUUCGAAAAGUUUUGCAAAAAAGGUCGAGGAAUUUAGACAGCAGGAGAAGGAGGAAGAGGACAAGGAAGAGAAGGAAAAGCUCCUGAAGAAGGAACGAGCAAAAGUUCCCCGAAUCAAGACACUGAAACUGUCCGAAAUCACCAAACCUAUCGAGAAAGAAACAAAGGAGAAAUUGUUAAUAGGGUCCAUAAACCGACUUUUAACCGCGGACAAAACAGCCGCAAAAUGCUUGUACCAAAAACUAAUCACCACAAUCGCAGCCUGCUUUAGCCCCACUGUCAGACAAACAGUGUUGGCGUUUCUCCUAUCAGACUUACGGUCUCACAUAGACCUGGCCCUGGCGUGGCUUUUUGAAGAGUACGGAAUACUGCAGGGCUUCUCAAGAGUGCCCCCUUUACGCAAAGACACCAAACUGGACAAAAGCUACAACAUCUUGCUUUGCACAUUUAUAAACGCUUGUAUGCACGACUCAGCAGUGCUCUGUCGAUUGUUUUUGGAAGCGCCUUUAAUAACAGACGAGGCUUUGGAUAAGCUCCACCAGUUGUGCCGAGACGAGAAGAAAUGCACAGCAGCUUUGGGGUUGUUGCACGAUUUGACGGUCCGGAAGCCCCCCAAACAGUUGAUGUUCCUCAACGCCCUCCUCUCGUACACGACGUACGAAUUGAGCGUGGUAAGAGAGUGUGCCAUUGGACACGUUUUGGAGUUGCACAAGAAGGUGGAGUUGAGGUUGGUGAUUGAGGAGUUUGCACGAAUGAAUUUGGAGUUUUUGAAGUUGCAAAGGCCGCCGGAGAGUUUGUGUGGGUUUAGUCAAGGGAGGUUGAAGAGCGAGACUUGGGGCGAUGAUUUUAUAAAAGCUUGUCUUAUUCCGUAUAUUUCGCUAUUGCCAGCCAAUGAGAGUCUUAUUCAUGACUUGGCUAAGGUUUACGUACAGACGGGGGCCAACAUUAAACGGAUUAUUCUACGUCUGCUUGAAACCCCGAUCAGAUCAAUGGGGAUGGACUCACCUGAGCUUCUAAAACUGGUGGAGGAGUGUCCCAAAGGCUCGGAAACUUUGGUCACGCGUGUUAUACACGUUUUGACGGACAAGGGCCCCCCGAGUGCACAGUUGGUGCAAAGAGUCAGGGAAUUGUAUCACACGAGAGUGUCAGAUGUUAGGUUUCUUAUCCCAGUUUUGAACGGGUUAUCAAAGAAAGAAGUAAUUGCAGCUUUGCCAAAGCUAAUUAAAUUGAACCCGGUUGUUGUAAGGGAAGUCUUUAACCGACUUUUAGGCUUACAUGGUGACAGUCCAAUUACCCCAACUGAACUUUUGGUCGCUCUACAUUUAAUUGAUUCCACGAAAGCCGACUUGAAAACUAUAAUUAAGGCCACAUCUAUGUGUCUUCAGGAAAAACAAGUAUUUACUCAAGAAGUAUUAGCUGUUGUUUUGCAACAGUUAAUGGACCAAACCCCGCUACCAACUCUACUCAUGAGGACUGUCAUCCAAGCUUUGGGCAGUUAUCCCCGACUGUCAGGGUUCGUGAUGAAUAUUUUGCAACGUCUGAUCUUAAAACAGGUUUGGAAACAGAAAGUGGUAUGGGAGGGAUUUAUCAAAUGUUGUCAAAGAACAAAACCGCAAAGUUUUACUGUUUUGAUGCAAUUACCACCGCCCCAACUAUCUGAUGCGUUGUCAAUUUGUCCCGAGUUGAGGGAACCGCUCAAAGAGCAUUUGCUGAAUUUUACUGAAGGGCAAAGGUCGCACAUCCCGCCCACAGUCCAGGAAAUCAUUUUAGGAAGUUACGCACAGCCGCCACCAACGAUUGUUCCGCCACCGGUGGUUGUAACUCCAGAAGAGCCGAUUGCUGCGCCCCCGACAUUAGCCAACGAGCCUUUGCCGCCCGGAAUGGAAUAAGCGUUAAUUUAACUUUUAUUAUCUCAAUUUUAUUAACAAAUGAAUAAAAAACCUUACUUUAA